UACCACAGAAUACCAAUUGGAGAAAAGGUUUGAGCCACUUUCCGACUUUUUAGUUAUUUUAAAAAGCGAGUUUGCAUUUUAAAGUAUCAACGAGCAAUAAACAAUCAUGGGCGGACACGGACACGGUGAACCCUACAAAAUACCACAUCCUUCAAUUUACAAAGUGGAAAAUAUACCCAAGUUACGCGAAGUGCAAGAAGCGCUAGCUCGUCAAGGCUUAAAGGAUCCAUGGUUGCGGAAUGAAGUGUGGCGUUAUGAGCCCAGCAAAAUGGGCACACAUGCUAGCCGUGCACGCGCUUUCUUCCUACGUGGUCUACUGUGGGGCUCAAUUGCUGCUGCCGUGCACAUUGGUUGCGAAUAUGCUUUUAGUUCGAAAGAUGAUCAUGGUCAUGGACAUGGUGAACACUCAGAAGGUGGCCAUCAUUAAACACUGCUUUGCCUGAAACAUUUGCCCUUAUUGCUACUUUUAAAUAAAGCAAACAAAUACCGAAUUUGUUUGUUAUUAUCCGUAGUUGCACAAGGGUGGCGUGUUAAUGAAGUACCAAAUACAGCGUUUAGGAUAAUUUAAA